AAAAAAAAAAAAUUCCGCUAAUCGUGCUAAAUUUUACAUUAACAAUUCGCGAGUGAUAAUUAACAAUCAUGAAUUAUCGAAGCAAAUAAUAAUAAUAUUACCAUAAAAUAGUUUCAAAUCUCUAGAUGAGAAAAUAUGUUCUGUGAGAGAUAAAAAGACUUGACUCUAUUGUCAAUUUUUUUAUUUAUAUAUUUUUGUGUCGAAUUUUAUUUAGAUUCGUUAACUAUUUAUGUCGUUAAUUUCUAGAUAUUGAUUAUUAAGAGAAAUAAUAGAUUUUUAAGAAAAUAGCAAUUUUUAUAUUUUUUGCAAUACAAUUUGCAAAUCUCACAAGAGGAAGUGAAAAAUAAAAAAAUGUUUCAAACAAAUGUCUUAUUUUAAACGCUAACAUAUUUGACAGCUGGAGGUGUUGGAUUUUGGAACCAUUUUGGCGUUUGAAUAUUUUCAGGAGAAAAAAUGCCGAGUACAUAUUUAUACGCAAUUAAUAAUGAAGGACGAGUAUUUGGUUUAUCGACAAGUGGAAAUAUGUGGAGAGAAUUUAUGUAUUUGGGCUUGGAAUUUAAACAAUUGUCGGCUGUGCCACAUUUUAUGUGGGCAAUCGGUGGCGAUCGACAAGUUUACGUUCACGUUCAUGGCUUAGAUUUUCCCAUAAGAAUUAAGGAAGAAACAUACGAAAAUGAGCGUUGGCUGCCUUUGGAAGGAUUCAGCAGUCGUUUAUUGCCAACUGACAGAUUUAAUUUUUCAAAUCACGAUGGUACUGUCGAUCGUAGUCGGGAUAAAGUGAAAUUACCAUCAAUGGCUUGGCAAUGGGAGGGAGAUUGGCAAAUUGAAACAACUUUGGAUGGACAGCCUCUCGAUCAUGAUGGUUGGACCUAUGCAAUUGACUUCCCUGCGACUUAUUUUCCGAAGAAAAAUUGGAAAUCUUGCGUGAGGAGACGAAAAUGGGUUCGUUAUCGAAGAUACAGUGCAAUGAAUUCCUGGUGCGCGAUUGCUCCUCUUCAUAAAGAUCCCACAAAGGAACCAUUCAUAGACGUAGCUAUUGGAGGAAAUCAAAUUCCAUCCGGAAAUUCGGGCGAAUUGGUCGUUUGGGCAGUAACUGCACACGGAAGGGUGAUGUUUCGAGUUGGUGUUAGUACAACGUCACCAGAAGGUUUACGUUGGAGUGCUAUUAAAUUGCCAGCUAGUUACGAAGUAUCCCAAGUGAGUGUCGGUCCAUCAGGAUUAGUUUGGGCAGUGUUACAAAGUGGCAAAGCAAUCGUUCGAACGGGAAUUACGCGUGAAAAUCCAAUGGGUGACGAUUGGACGGAAGUUGAAGCACCGGAAAAUGAACGUUUGCUUCAAGUUAGUGUUGGUUUGGAUUCAGUUUGGGCAGUGACGAGCGUUGGAAAUGUUUGGUUUCGUAAAGGAAUUAAAGGCGAGAUGAGUGGAAUUUGCGAGCAAUUGGCAACAGGAACUGGAUGGGUCGAAAUGGCCAGUAGAAUGGCUUUAAUUUCAGUUGCCUCGAACGAUCAGGUUUGGUCAAUUGGAAUGGACGAUCGGUGCUUAUAUUAUCGAAGUGGAAUCACGCGCUCGGAAUUAACAGGCAAAAAAUGGAAAAUAAUUAAUGUACCUCUUCAAUUAAGCAGAGCGAGUAGUAACGCGAGUUUAACUUCGAGCAACAGACACAGUGUAUGCGGUACUCCACAGCAACAGCGACAUCAAAGUUUCGGCUCUCUGCAGAAUCGUCCACUAAGUACGAGUGAUUCGUCAUCAGUAAUUCGCGAUUGGGAAGAGCAAUCACGAUCAGCACCGAAUGCAUCAUCAGUGAGAAUUUGGCACAAAUCGAAAAAUGGCACGCCAACGAGUUUGGAAUUAAAGCAAUCGUCAUUUCAAGAAAUGUAUCGAAAGGAAGAAAGCAGAAGAUCCGGUAGUUCAUUAGACAAUGCCGAUUUAACGCAAGCGAGCGUUGCUAAUAUUACGAUUUCAAAUGAAUCCUUAGCUAAAAGUGGCGAAUCAAUUGUUGUUUCUGGCAAGGGAAUGAGCAGUACUGUUAAGAUAAAUCCCGCGGCUUGGAGUCCAGUUCAUUCAGUUGGUUCAAUGGUUGGUGUUGAAGCUCAUCCGGAAACCGAUGGAAGUGUUUUCGAUCCAGAUUUUACUGGCGACUCGGGAAUUUUCGGCGAGGACGAAAGCAACGCUGGAAUGUAUUGGGCCGAAUGCGAUGUUCUUUGGUAUAAAGUCGAGGCUGGCGCUUGUUACAUUGAUCUCAGCAAUCCUCCGAAAUGGAUCGCUGAUGGAAAUGGCACAGCCCAAGGUGAAACUGCAGAACCAUGGAGGAUUUAUAUAUUAAAAGAAUUAAAAGAGAGAUUAAAAAACGUUGAAUUUGAUUGUACGCUGUACGAAAAGGCCGUCGAGAAAUCUUCUUGGGUCAAGAAUGGAGAAGCGAAAUACAAAUUAAAGAAUGGAGCUUCUUUUGAAGACUGUGUGAUUGAAUUAGAAUGGAUUAGUAGUGAUAGCGGAUCUUUGGAUUCAGGAACUUUGACUGUAUUAAAUCCCGACGGUGCAACGACUGUGAUUCAAUUUCCAAUUUCUGAAAUAGUUUCUGUAAGCAGCUGCAGUGAACCGGGAAAUCCUCGAAUUGCUCUUCACACACCGCGUUUAAGAUGUUCGAAAGUUUUGAGAUUACAAUUCGCUAGUGACACUGAAAUGGAAGAGUGGAUGUCGCAUCUUACUGCAGUCACUUGUCAAAUGAAUAAUGUUUAUGGAAAACCUGGUCCUAAUUCAAUUUGGGCUUCAACUGCCUUAGGAGAUGUUUAUGUUUACGAUCCUGCGAUAGCGGAGGGCAAUCAACUUGAGGGUGGAUUAUAUGUUCAGGAAUUGGAUGCCGCGGGAAAAAGUCUUCCAUACGAAAGUAUUCUUCAAAAUGGUUUUGGUCCUGGUAGCAGUUUAGAAAUUUCCGUCUGCGUGCAUGACGACGCCGAUCGAUUGUCGUUUAAUUUUGUUUGCUAUUCGGCGAUGAAUUCGAGACAAAAGAAUUCCUGUGAAACGAAUGAUCUUGCAUUUCAUUUUAAUCCACGUCUACGUGAAUCGAUUAUUGUGAGAAAUUCAUAUCAGAAUGGACAGUGGGGCGAAGAGGAGCGCGAAGGAGACAGUCUUUUAAAAUCUGGAUGCGAUUUUAGUUUGAAAAUCGUUUGCGAGCCCCGUGGUUAUAGAGUGUUCAUUGACAAUGAACAAUUCACGUUCUACAAUCACAGAAUUCCGCCACAAAAUAUUACACACUUGAGAUUAAAGGGUCUUAUGACUCUGUAUAGUGUCGUUUACAAAUCAACGGCCAUGAUUAUUGAGCCGUUAACAAUGUUUUGGCGUCAAGUUGGAGGACACUUGAAGAAAGUGGAAACUUGUCGAUCAGGAAUUACUUGGGGAAUUGGUUACGAUAAUACUGGCUGGGUUUAUACUGGAGGUUGGGGAGGAAAUUUUUUGAAAAGUUUAGGUACCGGUAAUAAUGGAAUAAAUCCAAUGGUGGAUACACAUAAUUAUUAUGUUUACGAGAAUCAGAGAUGGAAUCCUGUUACCGGUUAUACGUCCCACGGUUUGCCCACCGAUCGUUAUAUGUGGAGUGAUGUCACCGGUAAACAUAGACGAACUCGCGAGCACACGAAAUUAAUGUCAAUGCACUGGCAAUGGGUUUCCGAUUGGAUAAUUGAUUUUCACACGCCCGGAGGUGUCGAUCGUGACGGAUGGCAAUAUGCAACUGACUUUCCAUCUCAGUAUCAUGGAAAAAAGCAAUUUACCGAUUUAGUGAGACGACGAAGAUGGUUUAGAAGAUGUCAACUGACAACAAGUGGUCCUUGGCAGGAAUUGGGAAAUACAAAAUUGCUCGACGUUUCCUUACAGACUAUGGAAGAAACUGACAGUGAAACAUUCAUUCAGGUUUGGGCUGUGGCAACAAAUGGCGAGGCAUUGUUCCGACACGGGGUUACGGAAUCCUGUCCAAUGGGAGUUUCCUGGGAACAUAUUCCAAGUGAUCAAGCAUUAAUUGGCAUUUCUUGCGGACCAAAUGGACAAGUUUGGGCAGUCGCGAAGAAUGGUUCCUGUUACUGGAGGUUUGGCAUUAAUAACGCCAAGCCCACUGGUGACGCGUGGCAAAAUGUUGAGCCACCCGCAGGCGCUCAUAUUAAGCAAAUCUCUGUUGGAUUCAAUGUCGUUUGGGCUUUAGAUACAAAUGGAAAAUUGUCAGUUCGUCGUGAAAUUCAAGCGAAAGUCUUUCCUGAAGGCACGCAUUGGCAAACUUUACCCUCGAUGCCCAAUGAUCCAAUUCACAUUGAUCUUUCGGUUGUCACUGCAAAACAAGGUUUUCGUCAUAUUUCCGUAGCAAAGGAAUCGGGACAAGUUUGGUCCAUUUCAGGAGCAGGAAUUGUUUGUCGAAGGAUUGGAAUUACCGACGAAAAUCCAGCGGGAAAUGGAUGGUCGACUGGCAUUGGGGCAAAUUGGCAACAUAUAAGCGUUGGAGGACUUUCUCACAAAAUCAAAUAAAUAAUAAAAUCCCAUCUUUUAUUGCUUUUAAGUGUCAAAUUAGUCUCUUAGAUAAAAGAAAAACUCAUUGAAAAGGUUGUAAACAGAAUUGUAAAUAGUAAUUUCAAGAAAUUCCAAAAUACUUUUAAGAUAAGAAAAAUUUUAUCGAUAAUAAUUGUUGUACAAUAUUCGUUUAAAAGAAUUCAUAUAAUCUAGUCAUCAAUUUUUUUUUCUUCUUUUGUAAAAAUUUUUUUAAAUUUUGUCUCUUUUUUCUUUCGUUUAAUAAUUUUUUUUCAAGUCGCUGUAGUUAUUAACAAAGUAUUUUUAA